AUGGAGGAGUUGGCCCAGCGGCUGCAGGCCAUGGAGGCGCGGCAGCAGGAACUGGUGCAGGAGCUCCAGCGGCAGCAGCAGCGCGGGCAGGCCGCGGAGCAAGGCCUGCAGGCGGCGCAGGCCGAGCUCGCGCAGCUUCGUGCCGCGCCCGCGGCGGCACCGCAGCAGCCGCUACUGGAGCGCCUUGGCGGCGCGACCGUGGACACGCGGACCCUGGGGAAGCCGGCGAGCUUCUCAGGGCACCGCGAGGCGUGGCGGGAGUUCCGUUUCGUCUUCCAUGCCUUCGCCUGCGCCGCGCAUGCCAACAUGGCGGAGCUCUUCACGCGCGUGGAGGCGAUGGGAGCCAAUGUCGUGGAAGGUCAAGAUCUCGACGAGGCCACGGCCGCCUUGAGCCGCCAGCUGUAUUACAUGCUGGUGAUGACGACGACGGACGACGCUCACCUUCUCCUGCACAACGUGGAGGAGGGCAACGGCGCAGAGGCCUGGCGGGGGCUGUGCUGGGAGUACGAACCAGACGUGCGAGUCCGCCAUGGCGCAGUGCUGCACGCACUCCUGCGCCGCGAGUUCGGCAAGGACCCGAACGGCGACCUCGCGAAGGAGAUCGAGAGCUUGGAGCGGGACGUCCGGCGUUGCGAGAAUCAGAGCGGGAAGGUGCUGGACGAGGACGUCAAGAUCUCGACGUUGGUGGGCGGCAUGCAGAACACGAAGGUCCGGGAUCACCUCCUGCUCAACGCCGCUCGUCUGGACACGUUCCAGAGGCUGCGGGCGGAGGUCCUGAAUUUCGCCGUGGCCAAGCGGACGUGGGCCCAGGACGUCGACGACCCCAUGCUGAUCGGAGCCGUCAAGGACGGCAAAGGCAAGACCUCCAAGGGCAAGGGGAAGGACUCCAAAGGGAAAGGAAAGGACUCCAAGGGCAAAGCCAAGACCAAAGACACCCACAACCCCGCCUCGGGCAAGGAGUGCCACUACUGCGGGAAGCCCAACCACUUCAAGAACGAGUGCAGGAAGCUCAAGGCCGACAUCAAGGCCGGGAAGGUGGACGCGAACGGCAACACGCAGCUGGCCCUGCCCGCGCCGGGCGUGCCGAUGCCGAUGAACGCGGCGUACCCGGCGCUCUUCCAGCCCAUGUGGUACCCGGGCCAGGGGGGAGCGCCUCCAGCGCACGGCAUCCACUCCAUUCACCCCCCAGGCACCGUCGUCAUGGGUCUAGGGCUCCGGCGCAGCAUCCAGCUCGUCUCCGGACGAGCCGCGGACGAUCCAUUGACGGUCAACAUGAUCCAGCCUGCUGGCAUGAUUGCUGCGGUGGGACAUGGUGGUGUCGAGCUUGCCCUGCUGGACUCCGGGUCGGGGGUCGUGGCAUGCCCUGCUGAUUAUGCACCUGAUGUUCCCAUGCUGCCUCCUCGUAGGGAUCUUCGUCCCAUGGUGAGUGCCACGAGCGAGCCCAUCAAGAACUACGGCACCAAGAACAUCACCUACGUGUUGGACAACGGGGAGGAGCUGGCUAUCACGUGGAACGUGACGAACGUGAACUGCCUGAUCCUCUCGGCCUCCGCGCUGCGGCGCGGAGGGGCGACUGUCGUGAUCGCCCCGGAGCGUGAGAUGCUCCACACUGCCAGUGGAGGCUGCGUCGACCUCGUCAUGCAGUCGGACGUGCCGUGGUUGAGGCUUCGGCGGCAGGCCCGAGGGAUCCGUGCAGCGCGCGUCCCAACGGCCAUCGAGGUAGGAGAGCCCGCGUCUGCGGCUGAGCCCGCGACUGCGGGGGAGGUGCAGCCCGCGCCUGCGGUAGGCCCCGCGGCGGCGGACGCGGCACCUGUAGAGGCCCGGGCGGCCCCCAGGGAGGCGUUACGACGCAUUCCAGCCCCCCUGGAUGCCUCUGAGGAGGCGAGGCCUCACCGAUCCGUGAAGGUCCCCAUCGGCCCCUCGGAUCACGAGAAGGAGGAGCACUACUUGACCCACAUCCCGUUUAGAUCAUGGUGCAGCUACUGCACACGGGCUGCGGCCCCUGACGAUCCUCACCAUCGGACGCGCAUGCCCGUUACGAUGCCUUUGAAGCCGAUUGUGAUGAUGGACUACACGUUCGUGACCGACCCCCCGUUCGACAUGAUGACGAUCCUGACCGUAUACGACCAGGAGCUCGGGAUGGUGUUGGCGCUGGUGGUGGACGAGAAGGGCCCCAUCGAGUACGCGAUCCGCAGCGUCAUUGAGUACCUCGGGUACUGGGGUAGGAAGGCCAUCAUUUUGAGGGUCGACGGCGAGCCCGCCAUCAAGGCCCUGGCGGAGGCGAUCCGCAUCGGGCGUGCGGAUCCCACAGUCUUGGAGAUGAAGCCCCGGUACUCGCCUGAGUCCAUGGGCGGCGUCGAGAACAUGAACAAGGAGGUGAAGAACCUCCUGAGGACCAUCGUCCUGUACCUGAGGGACGUGGCGAAGGUCGAGCUGCACACUGGUCACCCGCUGGUGCCUUGGCUUGUGCGGCACUGCGGCUGGUGCAUAUGCAUGUACCGUGUGCGCGCGGACGGCCAGACGGGCUACGAGAGGUUGAAGGGCCGGCCAUACAACGGCAAGAUUGCCCUCUUCGGGGAGUGCCUGUGGUACCGGACCCCCGAUGCCUCCCGUCUCUCGUCCUUGGACCAGCGCUGGACCACGUGCAUCUGGUUGGGCAAGAGCUGGAAGACCGACGAGCACAUCAUCGUGUUGGGCAACGAAGUGCGCCUAGCCAGAUCUGUCCGCCGCAAGGCUAUAGGCAAGAGGUGGAACAAGAAGAUGCUGGAUAAGGUGCUCUGCACUCCGUGGCUUCCGCGCCUGGACGCCCAGACCCCGGCCGUCCGGCCGAAGCGCUACAUCACGAAGGCUUACCUCGACAAGUACGGCCUCACUCCCGAGUGCCCCGGCUGCACGGGGCGCACGACGGGACACAGCGACACCUGCAAGGCUCGUUUCUUGGCGAUCUGGGGGAAGGAGGAUGAGGCAUUAGCAAGCAGUAGUGCCGCAGCGCCAGCGGCCUCCGCAGAGGCGCCCCAGCCGGCGGCGUCCGGCCCUCAACUCGAAGCCCCCCCGGGGCUCCCCGCACCUGCCGGAGCCGCUCCAGACGCCGACAUGGCAGCUCCGGCGGAGGAUGCGGCCCCUGCCGCUCCACCAGGGCUGGCCCCGGCAGCCCGUGACCCCGCCGUGGACGCAGAGAUGGAGGCUGCGAGCAUCGCGGCGAAGCGCGAGCGGGAGGACCUGAGCUUCCAGGAGAAGGUCGAGCUCUUCGAGAGUGGUGGCGCUGAUGCCAGCGGGCCCGCGUCUUCGAGGAGGCGCGUAAUCGGCGCUCUGCAUGUGUGCGGCCAGCCGUCCCUUGCGGAGGCCAGGAGCAUCGUAACGCUGGUGGCCUACGUGGCGACGCCAGACAUCGGCACGCAGGACGUCAAGGACCAUAAGACCGGCGAGGUGCUCGACCCCGAGCUCGUGCGCUCGGGCCGCGCACGGGAGCGCCAGAACAUGCUGGACAGGUGCCUCUACGAGCGCGUGCCAAUGAAGGACGCUAGGGGUAAGAAGGUGCGCAGCAUGUGGCUCGACGAGAAGCGCGUGCAGGACGGUGAGACCACCGUCCGGUCGAGGUGCGUGGCCAUGGAGUUCAACAUGUACGACCGGCUGGACACGUACACGGCGACGCCCCCACUGAAGUUCAUCAAGUUGAUCGUCUCACGAGCUGCCUCAAUAAGACGUCCUGGCUCCAACGAGUGGACCAGGGUGCUGGGGCUCUACGACAUCGUCACAGCAUUCUGGCACGCCGACUUGCCGCUGGACGAGCCGAUCACGGUGAUCCCGCCUAGGGGCGAGGAGGUCCCAGGGAUGGUGUGGCAGAUGCUGAAGGCGAUGUAUGGCUCGCGCCGUGCGUCUCAGCUGUUCCUCGAGUUUAUGGUGAAGGUCUUCGACCAGUGCGGCUACCAGGUUUUGAAAACCAGCCGCCAGAUCUUCGACUCGAGGCAGUACGACUCUUUGGCCGGUUUGUGGGGGGACGACAUCAUAGCUGAGGCGGAGAGCGAGGGCAUCGACCACCUUGACGCCAUGAUCAGCCGGCUGUGCAACAUCAAGGUCCUCCCUCGCGUUGGACCUGGUUGCAGCCUGAUGGGCCGUUACCUCAAGCGCUACAUCUGCUACGUGCCGGGAUUCGGCUACGAGUGGAACGAGGACCCGAAACACGUUACGAUGCUCUUGGAAAGCACGGGCAAGCUCAAAGCUAAGCCCCAAGGGAGCCCAUGCAGCAAGCACAUCGGCAGGGACGAUCCGGCGAUCCUCGACGAGCUCGACGGCGAGUCGCAGACCAAGUAUCGUAGCGACACCGGUCGCGUGCUGUACGUGUCGUCCGGGCGCUUCGACAUCCAGUACUCGGCCAAGGAACUGGGCGAGCAGAUGUCCACGCCUCGCCGGCUAGGCAAUGCAAGGCUGGACCGCUGCGCGCGGUACCUCGCAGGCUGCCCGUUCUUGGCGCUCGUCUUCAAGCACGAGCCGGAGGCAGGUGGCUCUUGGAUCCCAGUCGACAGCAACUGGGCCGAGGAGCCAGACCGGUACUCGACCCACGCAGGUUGCGAGUUCGUGGGCUCGCAUUUGAUCGAGUCCUGGGUCGUGACUGACCAGGUCCGUGCCCUCUCCAGUGCGGAGGCCGAGCUUUACGGCAUCGUCGACGGUGCGGCCAGGGGUAUCAUGACCCAGAGCCUCUUCAAGGAGAUCGCGGAUCUGCGCGGUGCCGGAGCGGCAUGGUCCGUGACCGUCGGCAGCGACGCCAGCGCCGCCAUCGGCAUCAGCUCGAGGAGCGGCGUGGGGAAGACCCGCCAUAUCGCGACGCGAUGGCUCUGGGUCCAGGACGCCGUCCGGGAGAAGCAGAUCAUCCUCAAGAAGGUCCCCGGCGAGACCAACAUCGCCGACCUGGGAACGAAGGCAUUGGAGCCGAAGAGGCACCAGGAGCUCAUGAAACUGCUCCCCCUGGCAAAGCCUACGUGCCGCCGGUUCCUGGCGGUGUUGGUGGCCCUGGGAGCGGCCCCUGCAACGCAGGCCGCCCAGGAGGCGCAGGAGGAGCUGACGUGCGCGGUGAAGCCGCAGUGCGAGGACUCCAAGCUCAUCAACUAUAUGCUCGUCGCUCUUCUGACCUGGGGGCUGGUGCGCCUCUGGGACUGGGCGCGCCGACCGCGCAAGCGGAACUCCCGCGACAGCACCCGCGUCUGCGGCUCCAGGCCGCGACAGCGGAUGAGCCUCGAGGAGGCGAAUGGGAAGCAGUACGCACGCGAGGCUGCAGAUGACCCCAUCGCGGUCUUCCUCGGAGGCGUGGCGAUCCGGUGGAGGUGA